AUGACCAGGUCCUCUGAUCCCGUCCCCUCCGCAGCUCCGCAACCCGAUACCUCCCAAGACACUCACCCACCAGACCACGCAAACUCCAAGCCGAAUCUGCGUCUUCACCAAGAAGAUAUACGCCAUCCCGGCACAAAGACCUUCACCUUUCUCAUCCCCGACCUUGUCGCGGUCCUCGAGACCGCCCUCACUCAUAUCGUCGCGAAUCUCUAUACCCCGCCUCCGCCGUCAUCCCACCGCACUUUCACCCCCAGCAUCCCCGCGACGCGAUCGGUGACCAUCGUCCUACGCGACUUCAGCGGCGUCGCAUACACCAGGCGUCUUGACUCACGAGCUCGUCCAUUGCUACCAGCAUACGGCGCCUCCGUGUGCGAAAAAUGA